GGUCACCAUGUCGGAGAAGGAGCUCGGGAGGAAGUGGGACCGCUGCCUGGCAGACGUCGCCAUCAAAUUCGGUGCCGGCCUUGGCUUGGGGAUCAUGUUUUCAGUCAUUUUCUUCAAAAGGAGGAUGUGGCCCAUCGCAUUUUCCUCUGGUAUCGGUUUAGGAAUGGCGUAUUCCAACUGCCAGAGUGACUUUAUGUCCAAGUACCUUCUUCACGGGAAGUUUGUUAAAGUGAGUACUGCAGAUGUACAAACCGGUUAG